AUGGCGUCCCCCAUGAUCGCCAGCAGCAGCGGGCGAGCCCCGGGCGGCGCCUCCGCGGCGCCGCCGCCCUCCUUCCCCCCCUGCCUGCCCGGCCGAGCCAUCGAGACGAGCGCGGCCAGGCACGCCGUCGGCAAGCGGCGGGAGCCCAGGAGAUCGGUGGAGGUCAGGGGCAUCUUCGGCGGGUUGUUUGGCGGGGCAAAGUCAGAGACCGCAGUAAUUGAUGCAGAGGAAAUUCCGCAAGUUGAAAAUGGCGCUCUUCAAGACGAUGAAGAUGAGAUAGUGCUUGUUGAAACUGUGCAACCAAAUGGGAGUACGGCCCAAAUCGUGUACAGAAAUGGAGGGCUCGUUGACGCAGUGGCAGUAGACGGAUUGUGUGCCAAGGUUAGUGCGCCGCUUUGUGGCUCAUAG